AUUUUUUUUUAUUCUGAAAAGUAGAGUCUUUCUCUAAUCCAAGAUUUUGUUAAAAAAACCAAAAAAGAACACAAGGGUAUUCUUAUUCCCAGUAUAUGAUUCUAUAACUACCUUUGGGGGAAUCAUAAAAAUCUUAUCAUCGAUCUACACAUAUAUACUUAGCUCCACUUAUUGUGUAGUAGUGGGAAAUGGAAACUUUAUUUUCUACUUCUUUUUUACCAAAUUCAAGAGAAUGGACUAAAGAAGAGAACAAGCAGUUUGAAAGUGGUAUUGCAAUAUACGAUGAGAAUACUCCUGAUAGGUGGUUCAAGGUGGCAGCUCUCAUCCCUGGAAAGUCAGUUGUUGAUGUAAUAAAUCAAUACAAGGAACUUGUUGCAGAUGUUUCUGAUAUUGAAGCUGGAUUGGUACCAAAUCCUGGUUAUUUCGCCUCUUCGAUUACGUUGGAAUUGGUUGAUCAUUCUGGAUUACAAACAUUUAGAAAAAGAGGGUCCAAAUCAUCUGAUCAAGAAAGAAAGAAAGGUGUACCAUGGACAGAGGAAGAACACAGGAGAUUCUUGAUGGGACUUGAAAAGUAUGGAAAAGGGGAUUGGAGGAACAUAUCCAAGAAAAUGGUAAUUUCAAGAACACCAACUCAAGUGGCUAGUCAUGCUCAGAAAUACUAUCAGAGGCAGCUUUCAGGAGGCAAAGAUAAGAGGAGGCCUAGUAUUCAUGACAUUACCACUGCCCAUUUUACUGUCGACGCCUCGUCCCAAGUAUACAACAUCAAUUCCUUGUCUAAAGAAAAGUUUUAUUCAACAACCACCGCCUCUUUCCAGAAAUUUACAACCACAACAGAUAUAGUGAACUGCUGGAAUCCUACCUUAUCAAGUCAUCAUGAAGAUCACAUGGAUUUUGGAUCAUCGUUUGUAGCGUACCCAUAUGAGAUUGCUUCACAGUCUUGGGAUGAACAUGGUGACAUUACUAUUGAUGCUAACUCACAACUCCAGUUCCAAUCAACAAGAUAUCAGAUAUAGGGUUGAAAAAUGUCUUAUCUAGGAUUCUGUUUUAAUUUGUAAUCUUGAAAUUAAAUUUUUAAUUAAUGUAAUUCAAGCUUAGUUUGGUAUAAGUGGUCUAAUUUGUAUGUCACUCUUUCAGACUU